AUGUCAGCGAUUCAACCGUUAUCAAGUGCACAUCAGUCAGUAUUAUUUCGUCAUAAUGAUGAGAGUGGAUUUCAUUUGGGACAUUUUGAUCGUUUCGUUGAUGGAGUUGGAGAAAUUAUAUGUCCCGAGAGUGGAUUACGAUACAUCUUCGGGCCAGAAUCAAUUGAUCUUGGGCCGUGCUGUAAUUCAUGUGACGAAAAUUGGAUAAAAAUUUUAAAAAAUGAGGAUAUUUUAGUCUUUUCUCAAGGACACACUUAUUCUUGUGGCAAUAAACUUGUAAAAGUCGCAAAGCAAGUCAUUAUUCCGGAAACAUGUAGUAAUCAAAAAUUCCUUGGUGUAGUUUUACGUGAGCGCCAUCCCAGCUCAACUGAAGGUGCUACAGCUGCUUUUCUAUGUCCACCCUUUGGUAUUAUCAAAUUGCAUAAGUUCGCGUUUGGUUGUACCGAUAAAAUAUUGUGGCCACCAGUGGUUGGGACACGAUUCUGGGUUGUGUUAAAUGAGAAUGAAUCACCUAUUAGAGUCUGGAAAGUAGACAGUAGAGCGGAUCACGUUGAAUUUGGUCUGGGAAGUACACUAUUUAAUAUACCGAAGGUAUAUCUGUGGCAGUGGAAUAAAACAUUUAAUGAGUCGGGUAUAUUCGCAAUCACAGAUUUCGUUUUGAAAACUUCCGAGACUGCGAGCUCCUCAAAAGAAAUCGAAAUGAAAUAUCAAGUUAGUUCAAAUACAUCAACUUCAACAAAAACACAGGAUGAACGAAAGAAGUUUGAAAACGGCGCAAAUGCACAAACUAACAAUGCUGCCAUCAGUUUGUUACUGGAAAUACUCAAUGAUCAGAACCUAAGAGAUCUUGUUAUUGAAAGACAUCAAGAGGCUUUCGAGAAGUAUUUAAUUGAAAUAUCUCGUUUCUAA